CAGCAGCCGCCUCCUCUGAUUGGCUGAGCAGCGCGACGUGGACAUCAGUCAGCUACAGGUGGCGCAGGCACAUGUGACGCGUGUCUGUGAGAGAGAGCGCACCGCUGCUCGCCUCUUCCCCUUCUCGUGACGGCGCUGAUGAGCAGGAACAGUGGGACCAACUUCCAAGGCCCAUUGAAGCUGUGAGAUCUGUGAGAGAGCGAGUUGAAGGAGGCCGCAGGAUGAAGUCCAAAGGGAAGGCCGUGAAACCAUCCAGCAGGACCUGGUCUGACCCGGAGCCAGAGCUAGAGCCGGACACGGAACCGGAACCCGGCUCCAGCGAGCAGGAAGGCUCAGAGGCGUCGGUGCGGAUCGGCGGCACCUGGAAGGGCUCGCUGAGGAGCCGUCAGGGAGGAGUGGGCGGGGGGCGGCGGCGGCGGAGGCAGCGCUCCACCGGCAACAGAGAACGCAGCGUCCGCCGGCUAGAGAGCAACGAGCGGGAGCGCCAGCGCAUGCACAAACUCAACAACGCCUUCCAAGCGCUGCGCGAGGCCAUCCCGCACGUCAAGACCGACAAGAAGCUGUCCAAGAUCGAGACACUGACCCUGGCCAAGAAUUACAUCAAAGCUUUGACCACCAUCAUCCUGGACAUGUCAGGGGCCUGCCUGCCCGACGGCGGGGUCGCGUCAGAGGCCAGCGCCGCCAAGCUGCUCCAGUGCUACCAACAGCACCUGGAGGAGGAGGGCGAGGAGGGUCUCACCCAGUACCUCACCCACAUGCACAGCUUCAGCCAAGGCAGCUAGCAGCGGCCUCAGGGCGGCUUGGAGACCAGGGGAGCGAGCGAGAGGCCGGUCUCCGGCGGCAGAGAGAUGUUGUGGGAAGACAUUUCAAGGGCCAAAUCUGGAACGACCCCCAGUUCACACUGCUCUGAGAACUGGUCAGAAGUGGUGAUUUCUGCAGGAGCCUGUUCCACAUCGUAGACGUCUGACAUUAUAAACCCAAUGCGUCCGUCUAGAACUUGAUUUGAGGACCUUUCACCUGAAAGACACAAAGUCUGCAGACUGGACAGAGAAAUCAGACGGAAGACCGUUGUGAAAAGUGAACUCCUUUGUUACUGUACCCCAAAAAAAGAAGGGCUAAUCUUUUGCCAUUCUGUGUUUAUCUUCCUUCUUCUAGUUUGAGCUGAGGCUCGUUUGUGUUAUCUUGUGAUCUCAUUGUGUUUUCUGUUGAAAGCUGCCGAGCGUAGCCUCUAGUCAUAACUGUCGCAUCCAGGCAGAAACAGGAAGGCAAGCAAGCAGCCCUGAAUAUUUAAAAAUGCUGAAGAAAGUGUGUUUGCCCAUUUGCUCACGGUGACGACCUGCCACUAAUGUGAUAACUCGGUUGACUCGUCUUGCGGGUUGUGAACCUGCACAGUAGCUGUGAGGCGGAGAUGAUGUUUUAAGUGUAUGUUAUAUGAGUUUUUUGUGUCUCCACACGUCUUGAGGCAUGACUUUGUAGAAAAAAAAAAGAUUAGGCGAAGAGAAAAUAUUUGACGACUUCAAUAAACACAUUUAUUUAUUGACAA